UUAGCCACUUGCCGGUUACUUUUGUUUACCAAAUCUACGUCAAUCAUGUGAAACUUUUUUUUGCCUGUCUUUAAAUGCACUGAGACAACAAACGAAGGAUCUGGUUCAAUUGCCAUUGUUUACGAGCUGAAUAAUUUUAGACUUAAUGAUGACUGUUCAAUGGACUCUUAUUGCAACUUUUUUAUACUUUGAGUUGGCCUUUAUAUUUUUUCUCUUGUUGCCUUUCAUAUCUUCAAAAAUAUGGCAAAGCAUAUUUUAUUCAAGAAUCUUCAAAGCUGUGAUAUCAAAGGCAAACACAUAUUUCAGUGUAAUGAUAAUGGUAUUAUUUUUAUUUUUCUUAGAUUCACUUCGUGAAAUGUGGAAGUACUCUGAAAAACACCAUAAAGACUUUGAAGCAGCAAUGCAAAUGAAUAUGAAAUUGUUUCGAUCCCAGAGAAAUUAUUAUAUUUCAGGAUUUAGUAUUUUUUUAUCCCUAGUUAUUCGAAGACUUAUUAUGUUGUUAGUCAUUGAAGCCGAUCUUCUUUCUGAAACUGAAAUAGCCAUGAAAAGAGCGCAUUCUGCUACAGAAACUUUCGAAAAAUUGAUGAGAAAAAAAGAUCAGUAUGAAGAAUUAUCCAGUUCAGCCAAGGAAGAACUGUCUGAUGAUGUGGAAAAAUUGCAAAAGACUCUGAAAUCAACAAAAUUUGAUUUAGAUUGUACAAGAAGAGCUUUACUUGAUGUUGAAGAACAAGGAAAACAAAAAGCAAAAGAAUUUGAAAUUCUGUUUACAAAAACAUAAAACCUUAAUGAUUGUUCAUGCUGAUGUGAGUAACAAACGAAAUUAAUACAAAGAUAUACAAGAAUGAAAUGUGCCAGAAUACUGAACCAACUUGAUUAUUUUCCCAUCACUUAUAUGUGAAUAGUAAAUGGAAUGUGCCUGUACAUAUUUUGUGAUUAAUGUCUGUGACCUGAAUAAUCUUUAAGAAAACUAGAAUUUUAAUAAUAAUAAUGAUGUACUACUUUUAAUAAUAAUGUGUCAAAAUUUGGGAAUGAAAAAAAAAUGUAUUUAAUUAUUUUGCUUUUGAUGUUAGAAAAAUGGAAAAAAAGUUCAAUUAAUGUGUAAUUAACUCUAUCAAAACAAGAUCAAGACUUUUUUUACUUCUACCAAAAAUGGAAAAUGAAUUUUAAUGUCUAUCAGCUCAAUUUGUAUUGCAUUUAAGAAAACAGCUGCGUCAUAAAAUAUACACUUUGAUCUUUUUUGAAGUCCAUCAUUAACUGAUUAGUUGUCAAAUAUUUCCAUACUUGCAAAAUGUUUUUUUUUUUUUUUUUUUUUUUGCAGGAGCUUUCUGUUUUUUUAGGCUGUUGCCCAAAUUCCCGGUUUAGUAUAAUUUUCUUCUGCUUUUAAAACAGCUAGGCUAAAAUUAUUUAAUUUGCUGUAAUCCUCCAGAGAUCCGGCAUGUUAAGUAACGAUAAACCAUAGUUUGGAAAUUUAAAAGAAUGGUAGUGAUAAAAAUGAUUGGCAAAUGUAAAAAGUUAGAAAACAAGAAUUUGUGACCAAGAAAAACUUGCCAAUUUGCUACUUCAUCCAUAGCAACAAUUAUUCUGAAUAAAAACAUUUAUCCACCACUAUGAACUGAUUGCAAAUUUAAAGCCUACAUAUUAACUAGCUGAAAUUCAUGGAAUUUUUUUUUUUUGUAUUCCAGUACCAAAAUGUGCAGUUUUGAUGUCAUAUUAGUGUCAAGUACUCGAUUAAAUUUAAUUUUACUGCUUUUUUUCAUAUUGAUGGCAGGGCUGUAUACAAGGCGGGGUUCUUAGUGUUCAACUCCCCCCCCCCCCCCCCCCCGACUAGUUUGGUUUGACAUUUAAAUGUUCGUUUACAUUUAAAAAUUUCCAAAAAAAUAUUGUUCUAAAGCUCAAAUUUCUUUCAUAUGUAUAUUAAUUACAUGAAACGCCUUCAUAAAAGGCAACCCGAUGACUUGAACAUUAGCACAACUUACUUGAUAGUUUGUAAGCUCCGCAUGAAAGUUUUUAAACCCUCCCCGAAAUUAUUUUCUGGCUACGUCCCUGAUUGAUGGUUUCACUAUACUAAUAAAAGAAUUGUAUCUGUUCAUUUUUUGCUGAAUAUUUUUUUAAAAUUUGUUUUGAAAGCAGAUGCUUUUUGAAGUAUUUUUAAUAUUUGUAAACUUAGUUUUUUUUCCCUUCCAUUUUUAUUAACAGGGUGUCUGCGCAUAUGGAAAAUCACGAUUUUCAGCAAAAAAUGUUCAAAAGUCAUGGAAACUGACAUCUGGUCAUGGAUUUUAGGUUGCAUGUUUGUCAAAUUCUACAAAUUAAGUGCAAAAUUUACCCAUCUUAGCUGUUUCUUACGCUUUUACCCGUCAGUCUCGCUUUUUCACACAUUUCGAAAUUUGAUUGCAUCCGCUGCUAUAAUACUCACUUGUUUUUCUUUAGGAUGUUAUUCUACCGUUUGGAUGUUUAUAAUUUUGUGUUUAGUAUUAUUUUUAACCUCCUUAUUUGUCUAACUGUAUAGUUGGAAACUCAUUUUGGGGGUACAUUACUAAUUUUUCCAUUAUCAUUCAACUCAAAACCUUUAAGUCGUUUGUAUCAGAGUUGAUUCCAGAGACUUAUAAAAGUUAUCAUUAGUUUUCAGCAGUCUUAAGUUAAUUAACAUUUCAGAAAAUAAAAUUGGUCUAACUUGUAAGCAUACUUUUAGUAUUUACUAAAUUAUUGCUACUCACAGAUAAAAAAAAAAAAAAAAAACU